AUGGACGGAGAGAGGACCAGUGAUAUCAAUAUCCUUUUUGAUAUAGUGGUUGAGAAACUAAAGAAAUUCCGAGCCAAUCCUCGCAUGAGAUUUCGUUGCGUCUCAAAGCAAUGGAAAAAUAUUACCAGCAACUCCAUAGUCACAGACUCCAUCGUGUCUCAGUCUCUGACUCAACCACUGCAUGAUCCCAACUUUAUCUUCCACAAGAUUUUGUCAUAUGAACCAUUCUUUCACGUCUCCUUGUAUACUUACCAAAACGAAGAACAAUUGAUCACCACAUGA